AUGUCACUCCAAGUGAAUGACCCACGGUCACGAACCCGCUCCAAAUCCCGCGAACGCUCCCGCUCUCGCGACAGCCGCCAGCCUUCCCCGGGCCCCUCCCGCAUUCGCGACAGAUCCCCCGCUGUCGAGAUCGCGCCCACGACCUCUUCUACGUCCUCUAGAGGAAGAGACCGAGAGGAAGAAGAAGCCGAGAUCGAACGCCAGUAUAAACUCAUCAGUGAGCGGAAACAGCACGAAGGCUCUGGCACUGAAGACUCGCGCAAUGUCAUUUCCCGUGCGCCCAGGAGCCCCGCGCGCUUCGACCUGAAUCGCACAGGCUCAGACUCAGACUCGAAGCGCCGCCAGCGCGAGCGCGAUUCGGAGAAAUCUCGACGUCGCACUGAAGAUCGCUAUGAACAUUCCGCGUCGGAAGACGAUCGUCUUUCUCCACGCGAUCGUAAAUCGGAAUACACUUCGCGGUCGCAUUCCAGACGGCCCUCGUCGCCUCCGCGCUCUAGCGUCAGUGCCAGGACCAGCCGCAGAGACCGAGAUGAGUCGCCCGACGAUGAUUCCAUCGAUGAUGAGCUAGCUUAUGGUGAUGGGCCGGGUAGUCAUCCGAGUUAUGCGCGCCCUGGCAGAUUCAAUUACGCUCAGCCGUUGCAAUUUUUGCAUGCGCAACCCGGUGCGCCUGCGCCGCGUCAGUCUGUUCCUGCUCCUGGUCCUAGCUAUCCUGGCGCAGGUAAUAUUGACUGGUCUGCUGUACCUGAAUGUGAACGACCUGGUUUCGUGCCGCCUUCGUCGCAGGCUGAGGCGUCGACUGCUAGUAUGCCUGGUGCUUUCCCACCUGCUUCAAGCUCGAUGUAUGCGAAUGGAUCGGGAUCGAUACCUGCGCCAGUGCUACCAGUGCCGCAGUAUGUGAAUCCAGCCGCGAGUAUCUAUUCUACUUCCAGUGCUGGAUAUGCGCCGCAGUAUACUACUGCUGCCCCUACCGGGGAUGCGGCUUACCCGCCGACUUCGUCUGGGUAUGCUAAUCCGGGCCAAUAUCAGUAUGCCCAGGUUGAUCCUCGCGUGCGGUAUACUUCCAAGGCGGAGCCCAAGCCUAGUUAUACUGCUUCAUCAAAGGAGCAGUUCUCCCGGACUGGGCAGCCUCAGGCGCCAGCGGCCCAGCAUAGGUAUCAACCGCAAAAUCAUGGAGAGCAGUCGUAUCGGUAUAGCAAGGAGCCGCAGUUUGUUGAGAUCGCCCCUGGUGGGAGGCCUGCGACUCGUCCGCAUAGUGUUUCUGUUUCGUCGGCGAAUAAUCUUGCUGUUGCUGGCGCGGGUGUUGCUCAUGGAGCACAUCCUCCUGCUAGUCCAUUGCUGGAGCCGUACCAUGGUACUUACCAGUCCAUUUCACCCAUGCCGUCCCCAAUUGUGAUUCCGUCCAUCCGCGACGAAGACAUUUCAGACAUUGAGGGUCUAGACGGCGGAAACUCAGCCUCAGACUCCGGUCGCCACAGAAGACAUCGAUCAAAAUCAUCAGUCAGCGAGAAAGACACCCGCACACGCAGCAGCAAAGACAAGAAAGAAAAAGAGCGCGAAAAGGAGCGCGACGACCGCAAAGACGACAAACGGCGCACGCGCCCAACAACCGGCCACGACCGCCACGACUCAGGCUCAUCAAUCCCAAGCGCCGGAAACAUGGUUUUAAUCUCGCCCACAAGCGACCGCAAACGCGUCUCCUUCUACGACGCCGGCGCAGACGCAACAGCAAUGCAAAAUGCCCUAAACCACACCCGAAACAUCGACAACAAACCCAUAAUCCAGAUCUUGCCCCGUCUAACCAGCGACGAAAUCCUCCUCCUCCGCCAGGAGUACAAAACCCGCGUCCGCAUGCACGGCAAGGGAAUAAACCUCGCCAAACACCUCCGCCUUAAACUCGGAACCUCCUCCUUCGGAAAGGUCGCCUACGCCACAGCCCUCGGCCGCUGGGAAUCAGAAGCCUAUUGGGCAAACUGCUACUACCAAGCCGGUACAUCCCGCCGCGAACUCCUCAUCGAAUCACUAAUGGGCAGAUCAAACUCUGCAAUCCGCGAGAUCAAAUCUUGCUUCCGGGAUACCAGGUACGAAAAUAGUCUCGAGCGCUGUAUGCGCUCUGAGCUCCGUGCGGAUAAAUUCCGUGUUGCUAUUUUGCUUGCGCUCGAGGGUCGCCGUCAGAGUGACCGGGAACCCCUUGAUCCCCGUUUGAUCAGGGAUGAUGUGGAUGAUUUGUAUCGUGCGCUGGUUAGCCGUGAGGGCGGGGAGACGGCUAUGAUUCAUAUUAUUGUGCUGAGGAGUGAUGAGCAUUUGCGCGAGGUGUUGCGCGUUUAUGAGGCAACUUAUCGGCAUAAUUUUGCUAAGGGGAUGAUUGCUAAGUCGAGGAAUCUUGUGGGUGAAACCCUGGCCCACAUCCUAAACGGCGCAAUAAACAGACCAAUGCGUGACGCCCUCCUUCUCCACCAAGCCCUUCGCGAAUCACGCAGUGGGCGUGAACGUUCCGAGUUGCUCAUUUCCCGACUCGUUCGUUUGCAUUGGGAGCCUAGACAUCUGGAGCAGGUCAAGGUGGAAUAUAGGCGCCGAUAUGGGGAGCGGCUUGAGGAGGCGAUUGCGGAGGAGAUUCUUGCUUUGCAAGGUGGGCAGGACUGGGGUGAGUUUUGUAUUGAGCUUGCGAGGAGUGUGUAG